AUGGAGGGUUUAACCAACAGAGAAGAAGGAAGGAAAGAGGAUAGAAACGCGGUGGAAGAAAGGGGAAAGGGAUAUCCUAAAACGCCUUUUCGAACGUCGGCGCUCGCUCUGUGUCGUCGUCUUCGCGGAGCUCAGUUGAAAAUGCUAACGGCUGAUAUACCGCCGAAUCAGUCAAUCUACAUUAAAAAUAUCAAUGAGAAGAUCAAUAAAGAAGAGCUGAAGAGAUCUCUUUACUGUUUGUUUUCUCACUUUGGAAGGAUACUUGAUGUGGUUGCGUUGAAGACUCCAAAGCUCCGGGGACAAGCUUGGGUUGUGUUUACUGAAGUCACAGCUGCUAGUAAUGCCGUCCGUCAGAUGCAAAACUUUCCCUUCUAUGAUAAGCCAAUGCUGAUACAAUAUGCGAAAUCAAAGUCAGAUUGUGUUUCUAAAGCCGAAGGUGCUUUUGUUCCUAGAGAAAAGAAGAUGAAGCAAGAAGAGAAAGCUGAAAGGAAGCGAGAAACCCAACAACCAAGUAACGGCGCAACCGCUCAGAACGAAAGGCCUGCGCCUUCGUUCCAGCCGAGCCGGCAAGACACGAUGCCACCAAACAACAUACUCUUCAUUCAGAAUCUUCCCAUUGAAACGACGAGCAAGAUGCUUCAUCUGCUCUUUGAACAAUACCCGGGAUUCAAGGAGAUAAGAAUGAUUGAAGCGAAACCUGGAAUUGCGUUUGUGGAGUACGAAGAUGAUGUUCAAUCUUCUAUGGCCAUGCAGGCUCUUCAGGGUUUCAAGAUCACUCCUCAGAAUCCAAUGGUCGUCUCUUUCGCCAAGAAGACUUUUAGGAAAUUUGAAACCACGAAUUUUAGAAUGGGGAGAUUAAGGUGCACAAGAAAGAUCGUAACAAUGUCAAAGCUAGACCUGGGGGAGGCGAACUCGAUGCAGAGAGGCAAAGUUCAUGGGCCCUUCUUUAUGGACAGCAUUGUGUGCGAGAAAAACCACAUGUUAACCUCGAAGGGCGUUUUCUUGGGCAGUGACCCUUUCAGAUACGCGAUGCCACUUCUCUUGAUCCAAAUGGCCGCCAUCAUCAUCACCUCAAGGCUUCUCUUCCGCCUCCUCAAGCCCUUGAAGCAAGGCAUGAUCUCUGCCCAAGUCUUGGCUGGUGUACUCUUAGGACCGUCUCUCUUGGGCCAAAGCGACAGAUACAUGGAUAUGUUCUUUCCCAUAAGCGGGAAAAUCACUCUACAAACGGUCUCAAACAUCGGUUUCUUCAUCCAUCUUUUCUUACUGGGGCUAAGAAUCGACGCUAGCAUUCUCCGUAAAGCCGGCUCCAAAGCCCUGUGCAUCGGUAUUGCCUCCUACGUAUUCCCGUUCUCCCUCGGUAACCUCACCGUCCUCUUCUUGAAAAACACUUACAAGCUCCCGCCGGACGUUGUCCACUGCAUCAGCACAGUGAUCUCCCUCAACGCAAUGACCUCCUUCCCGGUCACCACGACCGUCUUAGCCGAGCUCAACAUCCUUAACUCUGAUCUCGGACGGUUAGCCACGAACUGCUCCAUCGUCUGCGAGGCCUUUAGCUGGGUCGUGGCACUCGUUUUCAGGAUGUUCUUGCGGGACGGGACACUCGCAAGCGCUUGGUCUUUCGCUUGGGUCACCGGUCUUCUCUUGGUGAUAUUUGUCAUCUGCAGACCGGCCAUCAUCUGGUUGACGGAGAGAAGAAGCACUUCGAUCGAUAAACAAGACGACAUUCCCUUCUUCCCGAUUAUAAUGGUCUUGCUGGUGAUAAGCUUGACCUCCGAGGUGCUCGGGGUCCACGCGGCGUUCGGAGCGUUCUGGCUCGGAGUAUCGCUCCCUGAUGGACCUCCGCUGGGGACCGGGCUCACGACCAAGCUCGAGAUGUUUGCGUCGAGCCUUAUGCUCCCUUGUUUCAUCGCCAUUAGUGGAUUGCAGACCAAUUUCUUCGUGAUCGGAGAGAGCCACGUGAAGAUCAUUGAGGCCGUGAUCCUCAUUACCUACACCUGCAAGUUCCUCGGAACCGUAGCCGCUUCCGCGUAUUGCAAAAUACAGAUCGGAGACGCACUCUCUUUGGCCUUUUUGAUGUGUUGUCAAGGAGUCAUCGAGAUCUACACAUCCGUCAUGUGGAAAGACGAAAAGGUUCUAAACACAGAAUGCUUCAAUCUUGUUAUCAUCACGAUCUUGCUCGUAACCGGCAUUUCGAGAUUCCUCGUCGUUAUCCUCUACGAUCCAUCGAAACGCUACAGAAGCAAGAGCAAGAGAACGAUCCUCAAUACGAGACAGCGAAACCUUCAGUUUCGUCUCCUCCUCUGUGUUUACAACGUCGAAAAUGUACCUUCCAUGGUUAACCUUUUAGAAGCUUCUUACCCAAGUAGGUUCAGCCCGAUCUCCGUCUUCACGCUGCACCUCGUCGAGCUCAAAGGCCGAGCGCACGCAGUGCUGAUGCCGCAUCACCAGAUGAACAAACUCGAUCCCAACACGGCCCAAUCCACGCAGAUCGUCAACGGUUUCCAACGGUUCGAGCAGCAGCACCAAGGAACCCUAAUGGCUCAGCAUUUCACAGCUGCAGCUCCAUUCUCCAGCAUCAACGACGACAUCUGUACUCUCGCCCUCGACAAGAAAGCCACGCUCAUCGUCAUCCCGUUCCACAAACAGUAUGCGAUAGACGGAACGGUCGACCACGUGACCCCCGCGAUCCGAAGCAUAAACCUUAACGUGCUGGAGAAGGCACCUUGCUCGGUGGGAAUAUUCAUCGACCGAGGAGAAACAGAAGGCCGACGCUCGGUCCUCAUGAGCCACACGUGGCGUAACAUUGCAGUGAUCUUCAUCGAAGGUCGAGACGACGCGGAAGCGCUCGCGUUCUGUAUGAGAAUCGCGGAGCACCCGGAAGUGAACGUCACGAUGAUCCAUUUCCGGCACAAGAACUCCAUCAACCACAGCCACAACCACAACCACAACGUAGUAGAAGACGAAAGCGAAUUCGCGGAGUCUCGCCUCAUAAACGAUUUCAAGAGCUUCUCACUGAACAAACCCAAAGUACAUUACAUUGAAGAGAUCGUGAGGGAUGGUGUCCAGACGACGCAAGUGAUUAGUGCACUUGGGGAUACAUAUGACAUGGUGGUUGUGGGUCGUGACCAUGACCUGGAGUCGUCCGUACUGUACGGACUUACGGACUGGAGCGAGUGCCCUGAGCUAGGUGUGAUCGGAGACAUGUUUGCGUCCACGGAUUUUCAUUUCUCGGUGCUUGUGAUUCACCAGCAAGAAGGAGAGGCUCUUGCGAUGGAUAAUAGCUAUAAAUUGCCAGAUUCGCCCCCUAAGGGUGGGGAUUCAAGAGUGCACCCACGUUUCUCUGUUGAUGAAGGGUUUACUUCCAUUGAUCUUCAUAACAACCGUUAA